CUUCUGACAUGGCAGGCCAGAAUGAAAACAUUGAAAUGACAGCCUCAAAGUAAUUGAGCAUACAGUCUUCCAUUAAUAAGGACCGGUAUUCCCACGACCCGGUCGGUUAGGAGAAACAUGGAUCGACAACAUACAGUCAUGUUUCUGAUGUUUAUGGCUGUUGUAAUUAUUUUACUGGAUGAUUCUGCUUUGGCUUUAUCAUCGACAGAAAAGAACAGUGUGAAAUUAAAAGUAUUAGAGAUGUUCGACCAUGCUUAUGGAUCAUAUAUGAACCAUGCCUACCCCGGGGAUGAGUUGAUGCCUCUGAGUUGUAAAGGCCGAUAUCGGGGAACCCAGCCCAGCAGGGGUGACAUCGACGACUCCCUUGGCAAUUUCACCCUGACCCUCAUUGACAGUCUGGACACUUUGGCGGUACUGGGCAAGAUAGAGGAGUUUGAGCAGGCUGUCAGACUAGUUAUUCAAGAUUCUCGCUUUGAUGCUGAUGUUGUUGUCUCGGUUGAAACCAACAUCCGGGUUCUCGGAGGGCUGCUUGGUGGCCAUGUUGUGGCCUCCUACCUCUUGAAGAAGGGGAAGGCCUUGUUGUGGUACAACAAUGAACUCCUAGAGAUGGCCAAGGAAGUCGGCGAUCGUCUGCUACCUGCCUUCAAUACCACCACUGGCAUUCCAUACCCCAGGGUGAACCUGCUGCGUGGAAUGGAAGGCAACAUCCUGUCACAGCACAAGGACACGUGUACUGCUUGUGCUGGCACUAUGCUGUUGGAGUUCGCUACGCUCAGUCGUCUAACAGGAGAACGCAUAUAUGAGGAUAAGGCUCGAAAAGCAAUGGACUAUUUGUGGAAACAGCGCCAUCGAACAAGCGAUCUCAUGGGGCUUGUUAUUAACAUACACAAUGGAGACUGGAUCCGCCGAGAGAGUGGCGUAGGUGCUGGCAUCGACUCGUACUAUGAGUAUGUGUUGAAGUCCUACAUUCUGCUUGGGGACGAAACCUACCUGGAUCGUUUCAAUAAGCACUACAGUGCCGUGAUGAGGUAUGUGAGUCAGGGCCCCCUGCUGGUGGAUGUCCACAUGCACAAGCCAAUGGCAGCCUCCCGGAACUUCAUGGAUGCUCUGCUGGCCUUCUGGCCGGGACUUCAGGUGCUGAAGGGAGACAUCCGGCCGGCCAUCGAGACACACGAGAUGCUGUACCAGGUCAUACAGAGACACAACUUCCUGCCUGAGGCUUUCACAACAGAUUUUCGAGUUCACUGGAGCCAUCAUCCUUUGAGGCCUGAAUUUGUGGAGUCCACCUACUUCCUGUACAAGGCCACAGGUGACCCCCACUACCUUGAGGUCGGCAAACAGGUGGUGGAGAAUCUGGACAAGAUGGCACGAGUACCCUGUGGAUUUGCUGCAAUCAAGGAUGUCACCACUUGACAUGAGGACCAAAUGGACUCGUACGUGUUGGCGGAGACAUUCAAGUAUCUGUACCUGCUAUUUGCCGAGAAGGAGGAGAUGACUCUGGACAUUGAUGACUACAUCUUCACCACCGAAGCCCACCUCUUGCCCCUUACAUUGUCUGUACAGAACACGUCCAGUGUCCCCAAGAUCAAUCCUGAGGCAUAUCGCAAUCUGGAGAAGACAUUUCGCACAGAGCAGACCACUGAGCUUGACCCAGCCCAGGUAGUGAGUGAGACAGAUGACGAGGAUGAUGAGUACAACACGUGCCCCAACUUCCAGGUGCAGAUCCCGGGUGGCAUCACGUAUGCCCACUCUCUGCGCAGUCAGAUGAAGAACCUGGUUGACAGAGUCAGCCCCAGACCACGCAGGAACCAGCCUAGGCUGCAGGCGUCCGAGUUCAUCGCAGGUAACAAAGCUCACCUUGACGUCCUCCACAAGAUGGGCAUCCGCAUCGCCACCAUGUCAGAUGGACGCAUACAGCUGCUGCACACAGCAUCUGAGGCCGCCACCCCUGAAGAUGCUGAGGAUGGGAUGAAGUUUAUGCAGGAGAUGAUUGAACUCUCGAAGACACAGUCACCAGAGGCUCAACAUGACCCGAUGUUCGUGCAGCUGGUGUCGGCACCAUACUACGGAUCUGUGUACUAUAGAGCAGGGCCAGCACAGUUUGGAUAUGAUCUCAAAGUCUCGCCACCUAUUCAGGGCAAGCUUGCUAUAGCAUCUCCGUUCAAGGCUUGCAGCCCCAUGGUGAACCCACAGGCAGUGCAGGGGAAGAUUGUCCUACUGGAGCGGGGAGACUGUAUGUUUGUGGACAAGGCUAGAAAUUUGCAAAAGGCUGGAGCUGUUGGAGGAAUUGUUCUGGACCAGAAUGAAGGCAGUACCAGUGAGAGCCAGACUCUGUUUGCCAUGUCUGGGGACGGACAGACCGACAUCACCAUCCCCAUGGUAUUUCUCUUCAGGAAGGAAGGCAAUGCAAUCAUCUCAGUGCUGUCUCAGGACAAUGAUCUGCAGGUGCUGCUGACCAAAGAAGCUAAGUCUACAGAGACGUUCAAUCCACCCCCAAGAAGACCCCUGCUGGACCACAGAUGACCCAGGGAGGCGUACACCCUGAGAAAGUUCCAGAUCAGACACCCCCACCAUACACCGCCCCUCACCACACCCCCUCCCAGGGAGCCCGGGUAGGACUGGACGAGGUGUACACUUACCAGUCGUCCUCCAGGAAAGUACGCAUGGAGAUAAAGGUUUCGGGAGAGACUGAUACUGAUGUGUUUCAUAAUGCUGAAGAAGACAAAACAGAAACAACGGAAUCUGUUACUGCAGAGGAAAAUGUGUUACAGUUUGACACCUUACCUGAUGGUUCCAAACAGUUGUCAUUCAAGGUCGACAAGAACCAGCAGGAGGAUAAAACACAACCUCAGUUGAAUCAGAUUUAUGUCAACCUGGUUCAGGCUUUACAAGAAAAAACUAAUUUUGAAAAAUUAAGCAAUCAGGGAGAUUACCUUAUUGCGAUAGCUCGGUUUUUAGAAUCAGCCUAUUUUGGGAUGGAUCGGGUGGAUAACAAAGCUCAAGAAUUGAUAGAAAGGUUAGCAGUAGAGUUAAAGUUUCUAACUGAGAAAUCCACAAAAUCUGCAGAGACACAAAGUGUGAAAAACGAGCAUAUGGAUUUUGAAACUGCCAAACAGCUUCACUAUGCAACUGUUGAUGAAUUAUAUGAAACUAACUCAGGAAAAAGGACAGAAGAUAGUCCCAAACACAAUCCAUACAUUCAGACCAAAUCUGCCAAAGAAUCUUCUAAACACUUUGGUGCCAAAGUGGACGAUCAAGGUGUGCUUACAUUUACUGUAGAACAAGGGGAGGCAAAUGCUGCAGGAUUAGCACAGUCACAGAAAUCAGAUUCAGACAACAGGGACUAUUCUCAACAUUCUAAAGACAAAGGGACUAUAGGUGACGAGGAGGCUAGUACAUUAGAAGUUAUAACAAAGGAUGGUGUAGUGAAAGUUAUAGAGAGGAAUUCCCAGGGAGAAACAAUAAGGACUACAGAAACAAUGGCCGACAUUCCUUCAGAUGCUCAGGAGUCCUUCACCUCACAAGAUGCCCAUGAUUCUGCAGCUGCUUCCAGAGAUCACAAAGAUGAACUAUGAGUGACAUGGUGUUUGUCCAACUUGUCUAUGGGCCUUGUCAAAAGAUCAUUUAGCUUAAUCAUGUUAUUUUUUUCAAACUGGUGCCAGUACAGAAGGUUUAGUCAAUUUUGACAAUCAAUGUAACAAACCACAAGUAAUUUAGCAUCUUAUCUUUUGAAGUCAAAUCUAAAGAUUUACAGUUAAAAUGGGGAAACAAGUGAAAUCGUCCACUUAGAGGACAUACUUAAUGCAUGUGCCACAGCAAAUUCAUUUUGGGACUUUCCUUAGUAAACAAAUUUCAAUCUUUUAAAAUUAUCAUUUAAAGGGCACUUGGGUUUUAACUGACAUGUUUAUCUGACAAUCCAACAGUUUGUUUUUUUUAAGUGAUGUAGCCACAUGCAAAAGUGGCAACUUCAUGAGCGAAUGAUUUUUGCUCAACUCUGAAGAUCCGGGUUAGAAUUGAUCUUCAGCUUGUCUCAAGAGGCGUUAAACGAGAUCAGAUGGUCAGAUUCGCUGACUUGGUAGAUGCAUGUCAUUGUAUCCUAGUUCCAUAGAUCUGUGCACAUGUCAAUCGCUGGAUUGUCUGGUCCAGACUCGAUUAUUUACAGACCGCUGUCAUAUAGGCUAGAAUAUUGCUGAGUGAUGCGUUAAAAAAUGCACAAACAAACUUUCAGGAACAUAACUUUUGUGGUCAUAAGAAGAAAGAUUUGGAUUUUUAGCCCCCUGACAGAUAAGGCUUGUUUGUCCAGCAUCCGGCAUAUCCUCUUCUUUGAAACCACUGAAGCUAGACUUCCCACCAAUGAUGAGACUCAAAUUGUUUAAGACAUCCAAGUAGAACUCUCAACAUGUGCCAUAUAUUAAAAAACAAGAUAUGUCGACAACUCUGUCUUCUGUUUGUUAAAUGAACAUUGAAGUGUUUACUAUGUAACCAAGUGAGCUACAGUGUGUGUGGCUGGAAAGGGGGGGCAUUGUCAUCAUCCUGCUUGUUGACUUUUGACAUGGCCCAUUAGGUUAGCCAAGUUAUUUAGUUGUGCAUUAAGUCGAAAAGCAAGUGCUUCCUUAUUUCAUUAGUCAGAUGUAUAAAUUUGAGAAUCAUUUUAAAGUUAUGUUUGUAAUGGAGAGAGUGUAUCAGUUUCACUCAGACGUGUAUGCCGACGGAUGUAUUUUGUUACAAUUGUUGACAUUUGUUGGUUUGUGGUGUUUUGUUGUCUGUUCUUUAUUUUAAUCUUAUUCCUUGUGUUCUUCCCUCAACGCCACACAGUGGCUGGCCCAGACUCUGUACAGUAGGUGGUGGCGGCAAUGAUGAUGAUAGUGGCGAAUGCUGACAGUGACGUAACAGAACACUGUCAUUACUUGUACUGUCUAAGCAUGAGUUGGUAUGGGUAUUUAAUGCACUUUUAGGUUUUUAUCAGGGUCGAUUUUCAAAUCCAGUUGUUUUCUUUGAGUAACUUGGUAGGGUCCAGAAGUAUGAGCAUGUAGCCCCAGGCUUCAUUGCGGACACCUGUGGUAAAUGCAGAAUUCCUGAACCCUGUUUUCUGAUAGUUUGACUAUUUCAAGUCAUAGUGGAAUUACCCCCCUUACUUUCUUUGUAAUUUACCAUUUUCAGUAAGGACCCUCAAAACAUACCAGAUAGAACUUGUAUUCUUCUAUAUUCUAGGGACUGAUAAAAUUACAGUUGUAAGCACCUGAAGUUUUGCCAAACAGAAUGUCUAGCAACAGAAGAGCAAUGUUAGUGUGACACUGUUUGACACUCGCUUCCUGUGGACUGCCAACAUUUUCUGAAAGGAAAGAGGUUGUCAGUCCUACUAAGUGAGAUCUGUAGGUGGAUGUUUCAAUAUUCUUUGUUGUCAUUUAUCAUAUCACAAUGUCAUUAAAAUCAGAUCUGCUGGGUUUGUCAGAGAUCUGAUUUCAUUGAUAUUGUACCACUGCCUCAGUCACGGCCAGUAAACAAUCCUUGGCUGAAUGGUGUUGAGAUUCCUGGUGAUUGUACAAGUAUUUCUUUCCUGAAGGAGAAGUCUUUUGCGGGAGGUGUUAAUAGUUGAGUUUGUCUUCGUUUUCAAGUAAUGUUGCCUUUGUUUAUGAUUAUGUUGCAGAACAUGUGGGCAUUAUUGAAUGUUUGUUGACUGGUCUGGCACAAACAGCCAGGUUUCACAUUUCAUGGCAUCAAUGACCUUUUGCAAAUCAGGAUGAUUGGGAAGAUGUUAAGAAACAAGGGGAACAGGUUUUGUAUGAAUGGACCAUAUUGCAAAGUCAGAAAAGACCCCAUUUCUCAGCAAUCUCCAAAUUCAUGAUAUAUUGAGGGUUUUGAGCAGUGUUGUCUGUUUCCUUGCCUCAUUUCUGAUUGUUUUCCUCCCAAUGAGCUUUAUGAUUGAUCUUGUAAAUUUCAGGUGCAAUAUAAUCCAUAACGCCCCCAACCUUGUUUUUAGCCUACGAUCUUUCAUUGAAAAUCAAAUGUUUCAUGUGACUGUUUAACUAUGUCACGAGUCAAUUCAUGCUUUUCUUAUGACUUUUGAUAAAUGGUGAAGACCUGUUUUCUCUGCAAUACAAAAAGUUGUGUGUAGAAUACAUUAUGGAUACAAUACAAGUAGUUGGAGUUAUCUCCCUUUAUGAUGAGUAAUAUGAGUUAUCUCACUUUCAUAAAUUGCCACUAACCCAUGUGUUGGAUCUAGAUUUAUAGGGUGAAAUCCAUAUGGUCGAUCCAUGUCUUGCGUGUCUUUCUGUAUGUUGAGAUGUAUCUACACAGAUAAUGUUGUGAUAUUCAUUUUGUACAGAAGUACACAGACAUCUAAAUGCUGUAAUUAUUGUGUACAUAAAUUAUACUGUCAUUGUUGUAAAAUAUUCACGUGAAUCAAAUGUCAUGACAUGCAUCCAUCUUCGUCGCCUUUGUCAGCCCACAAGUUAAAACGUUGAUUUCCCCCAUUUUUUUCAUUUCUAAGAGUGACAUAAAAUACUACUCACUCAGCAUGAGUGAAGGAAGUUUGUAAACUAGUUUAUCCACACUCUAAUGAAACAAUUUAUUUUUUUAAUAAAAAAAUACUUCAAAGGGCUUUCAUUUUCUUACAUAAUAGUUCAAAUAUAUCCAGAUUAUAGGUUUUUUAAAAGAUUUCUCAUUUCAUGGCCACAAAAAUCUAGCGGAGAUGGACACCUUAGUCAUGCUCUCUCAUUGUAUAUGUCAUUUUAAAACAGAAGAGGAGAGAGGAAUAAAAGUCUACAUCUAACAAA